AUGGAGACACUUUCCACACAGUCACAGGAUAACAUAGCUUCCUCACGUAACAGCACUGAUGACAUCAAGGAAUUGGUCAAGGAUGAUCAGAAACUGUCAGACAAACAGGCACAGGACACCAAAACGCCAUCUUUCACUAGUAGCUCAGACAAUGUGCUCCCACACAUUUUUGAUGAACAUGGUGAAAGAGGUACCUCUUUGUCUCACUUAAGUCUCUUAGAGUCCAAUAACUAUGCCUCCUUGGUGUCUAUGCUGGUCAUCCAACUUCUGAAGAAGAUUAAUAGUUUACACCAGAAUAUUGAUCAGAACACACUUCCAGAUGAUGUUCUGGAUAUGUCCAAUGACUUGAUUGUGGAAGUUCUGAAUCAGCUGAAUAUAACUUUUGGCAUCAGAAGUGAUGGACAUCAUCCACAGGAAGUGAAUAUUCACCAAAUUUUCAGAGUUGUUUACAAGGAGCUCACUCAGGACUUUGGGUCUGAAAACAUACUCUGUUCUGCCCUGAAGUCACAAAAUCCAUCUUUGACAUCUUCACUGGUAGAAAAACUGACAAAGGCAAUUGUAAAGACAUGUAGCCCCCCGAGCACACCAGCAUCUGCAUGUCUACCACCAAGUCAAACUGCAAUUGGACCUCAGAAAAAAAGAGAGGAAAAGACAAGGAACAACAUGUUUCCCUUUCGGCUGAAGAUGCCGACAUUCAACUGGAAGAAAUCAAGGAGAGGAGAACUCAGUGACUGCAAGGAUUCUCCUGUUGCAAAGACAAGUUCGUCUAGAGUUCAGGCAAAUGCAUCCUUGUCUGAGUUGAGAGAGUCUCCUGUGUCUGCUGGUCCACUGGAGGUGCCACUGGAGGAAGCGACCGUGGGGUGCUGUUUCUUCAGGAUCCCCAAGUUCAAGCUCUCCUUCAAGAAAUUAAUGAGAGGUGCUAAAGUUGCACAUUGUGACUAUGUCAACUCAAGUGAAGAAACCAACAAUGUGCCAGGCUGUGCAACAUCCUCUCAUGAGAUUCAGCUUGAAAAGACCACUGCUGAGCUCACUGCCUCUGAGGGUCCAACCAAACCAGAAGAGACUGUAUCAGGGCUUGCCAACGCAUCCUCUCUUGAGAUGUGACCUUCUCACUGGAAUCAACUACACCAUCAGAUUAUCUUUUCUACACCUAAA